UUGUUGCUGUCAAACUCUUCCUCUUGCAUAACUUAAACUCCGAUACAAUAUUCUGAAACCGACUAUAGUUGUUUGUUGGACUAUUUCAAUAACUUACAAACCUUUAAGUACUUGUCGUUAUCUGCACCUGCUUAAUCAGCGGUGAUGGAGCGUAAGGAGGCGGUGUUGUUGGAUGAAGCCCCGGCAGAUGGUACGCAGGGAGACGCGCCGCUGUUACUCCGCACAGGUGCUUGUUGUCAUGGAGGAGCAAAGAUGGCGGUCCUGGCCUAUAGCCUGGGCAAACGCGAAAUAAAUCAACAUUUCACCAUUAAAAAUGCCAAACUGAUAUCGCUAGCACUCGUCAGUUUACUCCUCGUGUUCCACACAGCUUCGCGGUACUAUGGAGGCGGAGACUCGUGUGAAUGGCUGCUGUCCAGAGGACGAUACCUGGGGGAGAACGUAUGGCAGCCGUAUGGCUGCAUGAUGCACAAAUACAAAAGCAAUGAAGCCAACACCUGCCUUGCUCAAAAGCGAGUGGUCUUUGUGGGUGAUUCACGAAUCAGGCAGCUAUUUUACUCCUUCAUCAAAGUUAUUGACCCUGAGCAAAGAGAAGUUGGAAACAAGCAUGAGGACAUUUCCUUUCUCCACAAAAGUUCCUCUGUCAAUGUGGAAUUCUUGUGGUAUCCAGAGGCAAAUAAUUCCAUGAAAGAGCGAUUGGUAUCAUGGACACACGAAGGUUCAUUAAAGCCAGAUGUUGUCAUCCUUGGAGCUGCAACAUGGUCCAUCAAGUUGCGCAGUGGCAGCAGCGAGACGCUGCAGCAGUACAAAGUCAACCUGACAGCCAUCGCUGUGCACCUGGAGAAGCUGGCUGACCAUGGAGAGGUGUACUGGGUUCUGCAAGACCCAGUAAAUGAGGAGGUGUUGAGUGAAAACAGGAAAAUGAUCACUAACCAGCAGCUGGAGCAGUACAAUGAAGCAGCGGCAGACGUGCUGAACAGCAGCAACCGUAACGGCCGGUCCCGGGUCAAGCUGUUGGCUGCGUCCCGUCAGGCUGCCCUGGAAACUAUCGCCCAGUCAGACGACGGCUUGCACCUGCCCGAAAGCACCAGGAAUGUGGGUGCCAUGGUCCUCAUGAACUCUGUCUGCAACAAGAUUCUGAGACCCAUCGAUGGUUCCUGCUGCCAGACGGUGCCGCCCCCAAACCUCCUGCAGAAACUUUCAGCCUUCUUCUUUCUCGGCUCGGCCGUGGUCUUGGUCGUCCUCCACGUCCUCGGCAAUAACCGCCACCGCCGCCCUGUGCCCCCGGACGUGGAGAGCCUGGAGGAGAAGAAGCCGGCGAGUGCAGCUGCCCCUCCUGGUUCCAAGACGCUGUUCAAGGCCCUCUGCAGGAUGGGCAUCAUCAUGGGCUAUUUUUAUCUGUGUGACAGGGCAGAUGUGUUCAUGAAGGAGCAGAAGUUCUACACUCACUCCACGUUCUUUAUUCCUCUCGUCUAUAUAAUUGUCCUGGGAGUGUUCUACAACGAGAACAGCAAGGAGACCAAAUUUCUUAACCGAGAGCAAACGGACGAGUGGAAAGGCUGGAUGCAAUUGGUCAUCCUCAUCUACCAUGUAUCUGGAGCCAGCGCUUUCCUUCCGGUGUACAUGCAUGUGCGGGUGCUGGUGGCAGCGUACCUUUUUCAGACCGGCUAUGGACACUUUUCCUUUUUCUGGCUGAAAGGAGAUUUUGGACUGUAUAGGGUGUGCCAGGUCCUUUUCCGUCUCAACUUCCUGGUGUUGGUGCUGUGCGUGGUAAUGGACAGACCCUACCAGUUUUAUUAUUUUGUCCCAUUGGUCACCUUCUGGUUUGUCGUCAUCUACGCCACGAUGGCCCUGUGGCCUCAGAUUCUCCAGAAAAAGGCUAACAGCAGUGGCUUUUGGCACCUUGGGAUCUUGGCGAAGUUACUGGGCCUCCUGACAGUUAUCUGCGUCUUUGCCUUUUCCCAGGGUUUCUUUGAGCACAUCUUCGGUGUGUGGCCGAUCUCCACGCUCUUUGAGCUGCACGGAAGCAUCCACGAGUGGUGGUUCAGAUGGAAGCUGGACCGAUUUGCGGUGAUACACGGCAUGUUUUUUGCCUUCCUGUACCUGGUGCUACAGAAGCGCAUGUUGCUGUCGGAGGGCAAAGGAGACGCUCUCUUCUCUCCCAAGAUUUCAAACGUGCUCCUCUUCCUCUCUGUCGUCUUCUUCAUUACGUAUUCCAUAUGGGCCAGCAGCUGCAAAACCAAAACAGAGUGCAACGAGAUGCAUCCAUACAUCUCUGUGGUGCAGAUUUUGGCCUUCAUUCUCAUCAGGAACAUUCCUGGCUACGCCCGCUCUAUAUAUAGCUCUUUCUUUGCCUGGUUUGGCAAGAUCUCCUUAGAGCUGUUCAUAUGCCAGUACCACAUCUGGCUGGCAGCAGACACCAAAGGCAUCCUGGUCCUGAUCCCCGGAAACCCUUCCCUGAACAUCCUGGUCAGCACCUUCAUCUUCGUUUGCGUGGCUCACGAGAUCUCCCAAAUCACCAACGACCUGGCCCAGGUGGUCAUCCCCAAAGACAGCGUGGCCCUGCUGAAGCGACUGGGGGCCGUGGGGGUCUUCACACUGGGAAUGUUGCUGCUGUCUCGGGGCAGUCACCCAACACCCGGCGCCUGAUGGUAACAUCACUUGGUGGUGAGGGGAAGACUCGCUAAGCCCCUUUUUUGAGGUUCAAGUGAGGUAAAGUCCCCAGACAGGAGCAGCCCCGGUGUUCUAGCUUACUGAGGGCCACAGGAGGCGACCUCAGUUGUGUAAAAUGCCAGCACAGGGGCCCGGGGGAGGACAGUGUCUCUCUCCUGGCCUUGUCUGAGCAGAGUACUCUAUGACCGCUGUGAAAGUCGCACACUGGAUAAUAAAAAAAGAGAAAAAAACAAAAAAAAAACAGUAGCUCCAUUCAGGGCCAAGUGCAAGAGAGGAAGACAAAUACACAGUGUACAUUAUUUGGAUUCAUGAGAAAAACAGCGGGGGAAAUUGAUGUGGGAUUUUAUGUAAAACAAAGAGGUCUUCAUUCAAGACCUCGCGCUUGCUGUGUGAAUCUUUUUGCAGCGUUGCUCCUAUUUAGCCACACACUAAUAAGAUGUUUAUUUUGUCACAUUCAAUUCUUCCUAUCAUUUCUCCACCCGGGAGGGAUCACUAGGCACAUACUCCGUCCAUAUGGCAGUAGCAGUUGAAGGUGUUUUCACUCAGGAGGAUCCAUAAUCUACUUAUUCAGAUAUCAAAAAAAAGGAAUUGUUACAAUGUGCUGGUUUCUAUGAUCAGCAUAACUUUGUACAGUAUUUCUGUCAACUUUAAAACAGUUAGAUAUCUGAACAUGCAAAAUAUGGACCAACAGCUCACAACAGCCGAACUUCGGAGUGCAAUUGUUAAAUGUUGAAUAAUCCCUCACAUGUUUUUGCUAAUGUUUUUGUGAUUUUUGAAAUGUUGGCCUUGUGAUGAAAGGUACUGUGGUCACCUGCUGUAGCUCUGAAAUUCUACGUGAUAUGUACAGUAUUUAAUGAUUUAAAUUAAGCGUAUAUUUUAUACAGGGUUUUUAUUUGUUCUUCUUUUGCGCUUUGUUUUAUUUUCUACUCUGCGCGCAUGACUGCUGUUUGUGAAGGAAGUAUUACAUGAAUAAUUUGUGUACCCAUCCCAGCAUCUCAUAGAUGAUCACUUGCCUCAGAGACGCAUUGCGGAGGUUGAGCCUUUACAGUCUAAUCCUCGUCUGUCCUGUUAGCUCGCUUCAUAGUCUGUGUAUAUUUGUAUGAUAGAGUGAAAGACUUUAUUUUAUACAGCAAUGCUUUAGCAGUGUUUUUAGUCCUCUUUGAUUGCCGUUAAAAAACUUGCCUCUUAGCUCUGGUGGAGUAUGUACCGCCUUGCACAUGUUACUGUAAAAUAGCAAAUCUAGCUAAGUAUAAAUCCUCCAUGUGCGGGCACAGACGGUGAAUUCUUUAAAUCAGUGAGUAGGGGGUGGGGAGUGAUUUUCUUGGACUCUGCAUCUCACCUUUAGAGCCUCUCUCUGGCUUAAACAUCUAGCCUGUGAUCAUCCGUCAAACACUGCGUCACUGCCAACAUCUGAAAACAACUACUUUGUGAUGCACUGACUGAGCUAAAAAGGCAUAUUACAAACAAAUAUUGUAUAUUUUGACAAAUGGGUUAUGUAGCUUUGCCUAUAUAUCCUCACAGACCUUUACUGUAAGAGAUGAUCACUUGUAUCUGUUCAGCUUUGCAGUGAACUCCAAUGCAUAACAAGAGUUUAACAUGGUACUAAGUUCAGACACUUUAGGUACCGGAGCACAUUUGUAUUGGGUAAUUUAAAUGUUUGUCAUUUGGCAGAUAAAAAAAAACCGAGUUGUACAAUCCAAGCUGUAUUGCUUGUGAAUUCUGAGUUUCAUGUUUGGUCUACCAUGAGGUCGUAAAGGGUUGCUUUGUUAUUUCCUUUCUACACAUUUAUAGAGAUUAUUUUUAAAGGAAACAUAUGGGUCCACAAAGAGUUACCUUCUUCUUUAAAGUAGAACAAUUUGUUGAUUUUAUUUGGGGCUUCUUGUCGUUUAUCUAACAAUGUGCAGGUUCCGUUGUACUCUCCAACGGAAUAAGAUUGAAGUAAAUUUGUAAUUUCUAUAACCAGUCAUCAGCUGACAGUUUUAAAUGGGAAAGGCAUUUUAAUGUCGCAAUUUCCACAACUGUGUGAAGAUAACUGAUCGGUUUCCUCGUCUCUUACUGAUCAACAGCUAUACAUUUGGUAAUUGUUUCAGGCCUUAACAGAUCCUUCUGUCGUGUAAAAGCAACAACUAUUUAUACCCAUGUGCAGCAGGGCCUCUUUGAGAUAUGUUACAUGUUCAACGUUUUGUGAUGUCUUAAAAAUGUGAAAUGUAUCCAUAUUAUUUAUAAAUGCCUUUAUUCUGUACAUUGUUAAAAAUACCUUCAUAAAAUGUGUUUUUUUUCGACAAAAAUAUACCUUUCAUGUAAUUCCUCA